GUUGUCUCGAGUAGUCAACGAACGAAAACUUGUCUUGACUCUGUUCAGCGGGAGGAAAUAUUUGGUGACUGCCAUCAGUACUGUAAGGAAUGACGGGAAACAUGCUGACAUCUACUGCUAUGGCCCUCAUCCUCAUGUCUGUACUCAAGUUCUCACCAGCUGCAGCUGCGUGUCCCAAUGACUGGAAACAGUUCCAGCACAGCUGCUACGGCGUUGCUGACCAGCUGUUCACAUAUGCAGAAGCACUGACGAUCUGCACGAAGGAAGCCGGGGAUUUACUUCAAAUCAACUCUGAAAGUGAAAACAGAUACAUUGCCAGGCUUCUCCCGCAAAACCUAGCCUACAGUGUGUGGCUGGGAAUCACGGAUCUGUUUGAAGAGGGUGUUUGGAUGUACAGCGGCAGGGGAACGGACCUGACCUACACCAAGUGGAGCUCAAACCAACCGGACAACUAUAAUGGAAUGGAGGAUUGUGCAGCCUUGAACAUCACCACUAAAUUGUGGUACGACACACACUGUGGUUCCAGACUCUUUUUCGUCUGUGAAGUCGAACAGGAAAAUUAUUAGGUGAUAAAAGGCUCCGCCACCUUCCGACUCUUUGUGUAGAGAGAUAGCUUCCCUUGCAUUAAUUAAUUUUUUAAUUUAUAUUGAAAUUUGAGUGAAAAGAAAGCAUUCUACUAAGGAAAACUCUUUCAUUAAGUAUGAUGCUUCCAGAUAAGUAGUUCAAAGUGGAGGCCUUGAAGACGAAGACUUUGACUAGAGAUAGAAAAUUACUGAUGGCGAAAUGUUUUAAAAGUCUGACCAGAGUCGAUGCUGUGAAGAAGAUACAGCUGAUUGAAUGACCACGAAAACCAAGUGGCCUCAAAAUUAAAGCACUCUUCGCCUGUUAAUAACUUGGUACAAAGAUGUUCACCUGUUGAUUGACGGUAGAAGACAUGUGUGCAACCCUGUAUACUUAGUUUCUUGCUGCCAUAACUUAAUUAUAAAUCACAUAUUUAUUAAUUCGAUACUUCAACGAGGAGGAAACAAUUUAUUAUUUACUAAAAGCAGCGAGAUUAGAAAAAACAUGUUCGUUUGUUGUAAAAAAGCAAAUAAAAUUGU